AUGGAUCAAUUGACGUCGGGAGCAAGCAACCGGUUAAUCCCGACCCUGAGAACCCUACGAAUCCCUCUUAUUUUCAUUCGAUCAAUGAUCUUGUGUCUUCUCGUGCUCCUCUUCCCUCGGCGCCGGCACUCUCAAAGGGGGGUCACGGCUGCUAAAAUCACUCAGCGGAGGUCGGUAUCGAGGUGGGAAAAGGAGGACACCUUGAGAAGGAGAGCCUUGACGGAGGCUUUAGACAUGGGGUUUGUAACAGGGGACGGAAAGAUUCAGUGCCGGUGGAGCACGUCUCUAUUCUUUGGUGUUCGAGGAAAUGCCUUGUUUUGCCGGUCUUGGUUUCCGCUUACCGGUGAAUUGAGGGGCAUUUUGAUAAUCAUACACGGGUUGAAUGGGCACAGUGGAAGAUAUGCUCAAUUUGCAAAGCAACUAAACUCUAGCAACUUUGGUGUACAUGAAAUGGACUGGACAGGUCACAGUGGCAGUGAUGGAUUGCAUGGAUAUGUUCCUUCACUCGAUCAUGUAGUUGCAGACACUGGGGAUUUUUUGUGGAAAAUCAAAUCAGAGAAUCCCGGUGUACCGUUGUUCCUUUUUGAUCACUCUACUGGUGGAGCGGUGGCUGGAAAAUCAAAUCAGAGAAUCCCGGCAGCUUCAUAUCCUUGUGUUCAAGAAAUGCUGGAGGGAAUUGUUCUUACAUAUCCAGCAUUACAUGUCAAGCCAGCACAUCCAAUUUUUACUGCCCUUGCUCCUCUUGUUUCUCUGAUUGCUCCAAAGUUGCAGUUCAAAGGUACGACAAGAGGGGCAUCCCAGUUUCAAGGGAUCCUGCAGCAAUGUCGGCCAAGUACUCCGAUCCAUUGGUCUACACCGAUCUGAUAAGGGUCCGAACCAGGCACGAGAUAUUUGCGAAUAUCAUCACACUUGAUGCGGAUUUU